AUGUCCACUGCUAACGCAAGCUCAUCGUGCAAUGCAGCUAUCGAGCUGCGUACCUCUCUAACCCCACCUCUCCCUCCACCGCCGGGUCUAGGUUUCUCUUCUUGCGGUGAUGAGAACAUCGGUGCCUGUAUGGACGGGACCGGGCUACCGAAAGCUCCGGUUCUUGCUCUCGAGAGGUCGGCAACCGAACGUCUGUCUAUGGUGGAUGAUGCGUCCUUCUCAACUGACGAGUCCCCGUCUUGUGCGCUCGAUUCACCGAGGUCGUUGCUGUCCGUGGUCGAGAGACAGAAGACCCCACCCUCCAAUCUCACGGCUUGUCCCUUGCCAGCACCUGCUCUUGAAUCUAGCGCGGGCGUCUCAUCGGUCAAGUGUAAGAAGCCUCGAGAUCCCGGCCUGUCGAUCAAUACUGAUAUCGAUGACCACGAAGUUGACGUGAGAUUCAUAAAAGCAAUAAGGAGUAGAAGACUCAAUUUAAACAAGCCCGUGUUCGGGACUGUGGAGUAUCACCGGAUGCAGUUGCGUGCCCUUGCUAAACCGAUUUAUUGGGGGAACCGAUGCUUGGUAGAACCGGUACGUUACCGUCCAUUGCUCCGCCAUGGGGAUCUCAUGUAUUUCUACGCACCUCCGCCACAAUAUGUCGCGGCUAGAAGGCCGAAUCCUCGUCGUAAAAAGAACCAUCAGUGUCUCCCGUUGGACUGGCUAACUGGUGCCUUCAAGCGUGUUCGUAGCCGUAUUACCCGGGCUUCCCAGUAG